AUGGACCAGAGAGAAGCUCUGCAGAAGUUCCUGCACGAGGCCCAGAACAAGAAAAUCCACAAGGAGGAGCUGGCCGAUGAGUUUCUGAAGCUGAAAAGGCAAUCCACCAAGCAUAAGAUAGACAAAACCUUCCCCACAACUGUGGCUGAGAGGCCCGCGAAUCUCAAGAAAAACAGAUAUAAGGACAUUUUGCCCUAUGAUCAUAGCCUGGUCGAGCUAUCCCUGAUAACUUCUGAUGAGGAUUCCAGCUACAUCAACGCCAGCUUCAUCAAGGGGGUUUAUGGACCCAAGGCUUACAUUGCCACCCAGGGUCCCUUACCUACAACCCUGCUGGACUUCUGGAGGAUGGUUUGGGAACACAGCGUGCUGAUCAUUGUCAUGGCGUGUAUGGAGUUUGAAAUGGGAAAGAGAAAGUGCGAGCGCUACUGGGCUGAGCCAGGCGAGACGCAGCUGCUGGUCGGCCCCUUCUCGGUGUCCUGUGAAGCUGAAAGAAGCAAAUCUCAUUAUAUAAUCAGGACUCUGAAAGCCAAGUUCAACGGGGAAACUCGAACAAUCUACCAGUUUCAUUACAAGAAUUGGCCAGACCAUGAUGUGCCUUCGUCUAUAGACCCUAUCCUGGAACUCGUCUGGGACGUGCGUUGCUACCAAGAGGGUGACAGUGUUCCCAUCUGCAUUCACUGCAGUGCUGGCUGUGGAAGGACUGGUGUGAUCUGUGCCAUUGAUUAUACGUGGAUGUUGCUAAAAGAUGGGAUAAUUCCUGAUAACUUCAGUGUUUUUAGUUUGAUCCAGGAAAUGAGAACACAGAGACCGUCACUAGUUCAAACUCAGGAGCAAUAUGAACUGGUCUACAGUGCUGUGUUAGAGCUGUUCAAGAGACACCUGGAUGUGAUCAGAGACAAAUACCCCGGAACAGAGGUUCAAGCAAACUAUUCAAUUACUGAGCAAAAUCCCACUCUAUACACAGGCUCUCAUCCCCCAAAUUUACCCAAAAACACCAUAAAAGAAGCGAGAAUGAUGAACCAACAGAGCAAACAGAGGGCAAAGGCAGAAAAUGCGGAAGCUUCUUCCUUUGACUUUAGGACUUCUGAAAUCAUUGCAAAGGAGGGGUUGGUUUCGCACCCUGAGAAACUGAAUACUUCCUUUGAUUUCUUGGAGCUAAAUUAUGAUUACAACAGAAACGCUGACACAAGCAUGAAACGGCAGACAAAGGCGUUUCCAACAGUUGGGGAGCCUCUUCAGAAGCAUCAAAGUUUGGACUUCAGCUCCAUUUUCUUUGGGGCAUGUCCUAAUUCCAAACCUGUAGAUGCAACAGGAAGAUAUUUUAAUUCAAAGGGACCAGUGGUACGAACCAAAUCAACUCCCUUUGAACUGAUACAGCAGAGAGAAACCAAGGGAUCAGACAUUAAGGAAGAGUUUUCUUAUUUGGAGUCUCAAGGGCACGAUGCUUGCCUCAUGGAGAUGCAGGCUCCAAAAAUGAUGCAUGUUUCUACAGCAGAACUGAAUUACUCACCGCCACGUGACUCUAAGCACCAGAUGUGCAACGCCUCCAGUGUCAGUCAGCACGCCUCUAAUGCUUUCAGUGGGUAUUCCUACAUGUCUUUAGUAGAAGAUCCUUAUUUUUCAUCAUUGCCUCCAAGUAGUGCUGGUUCUAAGAUGUCUCUUGAUUUACCUGAGAAGGAAGAUGGAACUGUUUUUCCUUGCUCUUUGUUGCCCAAAUCCUCUUCAACUCUCUUCUCUGACUAUAAUUCACGUGAUUCUUUGGUGCUGAAUCCUCCAACCAAUUUUUCCCCACCACUGAACCAAGCGACAGCUGUAAUGGCAACUUCUCCAGGGAUGGAUGAGGAAACUCCCCCUCCGCUUCCGGAACGGACUCCCGAGUCUUUCAUUGUGGUGGAGAAAGCUGGAGAAUUCUCAGCCAGCAGUCCGGAGUCCUCAUCUGCAGCUGGGAAGGUGGAACCGGAAGCCUCACGAGAAUGGAGUGGAACGGCUGAAUCAGAGCAGUUGGAUGAGUCGAGUAUAAAACUUCGGAGUCCCAAAUCAGAUCUGCAUCGAGAUCGCUCUGCUUCCCCACCACCUCCACUCCCGGAGAGAACCCUCGAGUCCUUCCUCCUUGCCGAUGAAGAUUGUAUGCAGCCCCAACGUAUAGAAACUUAUUCUGCUGGCUGUCCUGAAACCACAGAAAAUUCAACAUCUUCGAAACAGACAUUGAAGACUCCUGGAAAAGGUUUCACAAGGAGCAAGAGUUUGAAAAUUUUGCGAAACGUGAAAAAAGGCAUCUGUAAUUCUUCCCCACCAAGCAAGCCAACAGAAACUGUUCAGUCAAAUAACUCCAGUUCCUUUCUGAAUUUUGGUUUUGCAAAACGUUUUUCAAAACCCAAAGGACCAAGGAACCCACCACCAACUUGGAAGAUUUAAUACAACUCUGGAU